UCACGGUUGUAGCCCAUGCGUACUUUCACGCUGGCAAGUGAACGCACCUCUAUUGGAGAAGUAUUUUUCUCUGUAUUAAAAGUGACAUAAAUUUUAUCUAACAACAAUGGGCGGACAAGCAAAAGCUAAAAAGAAAAACAAAGCUAAAAGAAAAGACACUAAGCCAAAUGGAGGUGCCUUGAUGUCACCACAGGAGAGAAUGAAAGCAAAGAUGCAGGAAAGAGCCAAAAAGAAAACAGCUGAAAAAUACACGAUUGAUCAAUUAGUGGGGAAGACUGAAGAGUGUAUAGACAACUUUGACUUUGACAUGGCAAGGCUGUACUGUCAGCGAGCGCUGGAUAUUGAACCCACUAACCUGACUAUCCUGGACAUGAUGGGGAACAUCUGCACUGAGCUGGGAGAAAUAGAGAAAGCUAAACAGGUGUAUCUGAAGGCUGUGGAGCUCAGUCCAGAGGACGGCCACAGUAAGUACAUGUACCUGGGGCAGAUUCACACAGGCAUGGAGGCUGUACAAUACUUCAGUAAAGGAACUGAGGUCAUGCUUAACACCAUGGACAAACACGCCAAUAAGGCUAGUGCGUUUGGAGCGGCUGCAUUUCCAUCCGAGUGUGCUGUCACAAAAAAGAACGUGUCUGUGGCCUUCUGCUCCAUCGCUGAGAUCUUCUUCACAGAUCUCUGCAUGGAGGAGGGCGCUGCUGACCGUUGCAAAGUGGCCAUCGACAAAGCUUUACAGUACGAUGAGCACAACCCUGAAGCUCUCCAGCUCAUGGCCAGCUACCUGUUCAGCAUAGAGAAAAAUGAGAGCAACAUCCCGCCUUAUGAAUCCAGAAUAACAACAGCCAAACUGCUGAUCGAGGCUGAGCAGUAUGAGAUGGCCACAGAGGUGUUGGAGGAUCUUCUGGAGGAGGAUGACGAGGUUGUGGAGGUCUGGUAUCUGUUGGGAUGGCUGUUUUAUUUGCAGCUGGACAAACAAGACUUGACAAGCAACGGUGUGAACUUCAGAAAAUCAGCUUGGACGUACCUUAGCAAGGCCAAAAAGCUCUAUGUGAAGCUGCGCUGUGAGGACGCACCCAUGUUUGAGCAUACGGAGCAGCUGUUAGCAGAGCUGGGUGGUGAAGAGCAUGGGGCUGAUGAUGAUGAUGAUGAUGAUGAUGAAGCUGGACCGUAUUUAGACAACAUUGAGGAUGAUUUUAUUCAAAGCAGUGAUGAUGAAGAAGAUGCAAUGGAUCACUGACUGAACGUUUCUCACUCUUGUUUAUUCUAACUGUUUCUAUGGACUUGUCCAGUCAGAAUAUUAAAGUGAAAGCAGAUGGCUCAAUCUUCAAACAGUCUCCUAGUUUCCUCUGUCUUCUCUCUCCUUCCCAGUUACUUUCCUCCUCCCCUUUCUAUUCUAGUUUGAUAUGCCAGACUAAAGCUGGGAUGUAUUUUCUGUUCGCCUUGUUUUUUGCAUG